AUGACCACAACAACGCAUUCUUGUUUGAGGUUUAUUCUAAUUGGGGCCCAAGUUUUCGGCAUGUUUCCUGUAUCAGGGGUGACUAAUCGAGACGCCACUUCCCUGAAAUUCAAAUGGACUUCAAAACGGACGAUUUAUUCCAUAAUAUUUGCGCUAGCAGCAGCGCUUAAUUCUCUCAUUUUUUUUGUUCAUAGGGUGAGUUCAGGACGACUUGAAUUUUCAGAAUGGGUUAAACUUUUAUUGUUCUUAGUGACUGUUUGCACCGUUGUCUUAUUAUUAGAUAUAGCAAAAAAGUGGCCUUCACUAAUGAAAAAAUGGACACAAGUUGAUGAAGCAAUGUCUUGGUAUGGCUUUCCUCCGAAGUUACAAAGAAAAUUAAGAAUAAUUUUUGCAAUUACUGUGUUUGCCUCUUUAGUGGAACAUGGAUUAUUUAUCGGUGUUGAAUAUAUAUCUUGCAGGGGAAACAGUAGCAAUUUAACAGAAGCUCUUGAUCGUUAUUUUAAAUUUCAUUACGACUACGUAUUUGCUUUCGUUCCUUAUUACACGGUUCUGGGGAUCAUUUUAGAGAUUCUAAACAUUUUUAGUACAAUAUCUUGGACGUUUAUGGAUCUUUUUAUAAUCUUGAUUAGUCUGAGCCUUUCUGCAAGGUUUAAACAAGUGGCUAAACACAUAAAUUACCUCGUGGAACGAAACGUAAUGAAUGAAAAUUCGUGGCAAAAAACUCGAAAAGAUUACAAUGGACUUACAAAGUUAUGUAAGGAUUUGGAUGAAAUUAUAUCAAGUAUAAUUCUGCUAUCAUUUGGAAACAACAUUUUUAUUAUCCUAGUGCAUCUAUUCAAUUCAUUGUGGCAACCUCCACGAUUUGGUUAUUUAGAUGAAAUUUAUUAUUUGUAUUCUUUUAUUUGUCUUUUGGUUCGUAUCAGUGCUGUGGCUUUGCAUGCCUCUACUAUAAACACCGAGAGUAAGAGACCGAUUCAUGUUUUGAAUAUGAUACCCUAUAAUCUUUAUAAUGUGGAGAUUGACAGACUUUUGCUAUGCACUAAAUAUGAAACUGCGGCCCUAACAGGCUAUAAUUUAUUCAGGAUAACCAGGACGUUGAUUUUAAAAAUAACGAUGGCAAUUAUAACUUACGAAUUACUUUUGGUGGAAUAUUUAAAAGUGAAAAUUAAUUAAGAAUCAUGUGAUGUUGCUUUUACAAACUAUAUUAUCAAUCUUUUUAAAAAUUUAUGACAAAAAAGUCGUUUUGUUUACAAAAGUAAAACUUUCCAAUCAACAAUUUUUUUAUUAUUUAUUAAUGGUU